CUGGGAAAAUAAGGUUUCCAAGUAUACCAAAAAGAGUCGAAGUCAACACCAACUCCCAGCAACAUCGUUCACCAUCCCUUCUUCGCAGUCCAAACCGUCACCGCUCCUUUGUCGAUCUCAACCUGUGGUGACUAUAUCUGAGCGCGAUGUACUGUCUGCGGUACUUUUUGCUUUUGCUGCUUAUGCCCACGACGGGCGCGUCACCGCAUUUCCUCGCGGUUAUGCUGCUCCUGCUGUUUGUUUUACACCGGCCAUGCGUUUACUGCUCUUUGAUUCUCAUUGCUCUCUUCUCUUCAACGUGCUACUUUGCCGAUCACUGCUUCAUCGACACAAACCACGGCAACCUCUUCCUCCCGCGCGUCUUCCUUCCCGCAGACCUUGCCUCGAAGCCCUCGGCCGUCUUUGACGCGCUGGCCGAGCACGCCGCGAUAAACGCGUUGGCGCGACCGCUGCUCCGCAAGUCGAUCAACGCGACAGCUACAUUGUUCAACGUAUCCGUCAACGCGAGCGCGGUAGUGCAAGCAGUUAGGGAAUUUAAGCUCCCGUGCGUGGCCGUGAAGGUCAGGCUAUAGUCGCCUCUUGUCGAGAAGCUACCGAAAGAAAGUGUGGAUCAUGAAGGCAAUUUACAGUACGAACAUACAGGCAGAAAUAGCUGCGAGUAAGGAGUCGAUCAGCAGAGAAUACCUCCGCGCACGAGACAGCCGCUCGAUUCAGCAUCAUCACCAUCAACAUCCAUCAUUCAUCUUCUUGCUCCAGACCGCGCAGCCCUCUUAUACACUCCACAGACUCUCUCGGUUAGGAGCAAUCCUAGCCUAGCUUCCCUUCGGCGCGUUUGCAUCUACAACACCUCUCACCACGAAGCCUUGUUCUCCCACCACGAGAAGCUCCACACCCACCUCUCUCUCCAACCCACAGAAUCCCUUUCUUACGAGUAUUUUUUAGUUUCAGAAACUAAUCCCAAGACCUUGUAUAUUUACAUCAACGUGACGCGUUCUAUUUGUGCAUCCCAUACGCAUUCAUUGCUUCGGUGUCUUUUGUUUUCGUUUGUGUUUUGGAUCCGUUGGUUUU